GGCGGCUGCGCGCGCGCACUGUUCGCCUCACAGCGCACCGACGCGCACGACACGCGCACCGCCACGCAUGAAGACCGAGGAACAAACGACCGAGGAGGCAGCGCGCCGGGCGCCCGCCACGCGCCGCCAGGAAAAACCACCCUUCUCCUACAUCGCACUCAUCGUCAUGGCGAUACGGCACUCGCCCAACAAGCGGCUCACCUUAAGCGAGAUAUACGCUUUCCUACAACAACAGUUCCCCUUCUUCCGUAGCUCCUACCAGGGUUGGAAGAACUCCGUGCGGCACAACUUAAGUCUGAAUGAAUGCUUUGUGAAAUUACCUAAAGGAUUAGGGCGUCCGGGGAAGGGUCACUACUGGACUAUAGAUCCUUCUUCGGAGUUCAUGUUUGAGGAAGGAUCGUUUCGACGGCGGCCGCGUGGUUUCCGACGCAAGUGUCAAGCGCUAAAACCUCAAUUCGGCAGCGGUGGCUACCUGUGCGGAGGCGGCGUGCCGGCGCUGCCACCUUCGCAGCCGACGGGCUACGAGCUGGCGGGUGGCAGCAGCUCUGCAGCGGGCGGCGGCCCAUCUAUAGACUAUGGGGCGUGCGCGUACUCGCACUCGAGCUCGACGGGUCAGCAGCUGGGUUACAGCAGCGACUACUGCGCGUACGGCGCGAUGGGUGAACGCGAAUGGCCGCUGGCGUACGGCGCUGUGGAGACGGGCUAUCGACCGCCACCCACAUCGCCGCCACCGCAUCACGACCUGCCCGAGCUCAUUCCCAACUACCAGUAUGCCGUUGCCAAUGACCAUGGUUCGGCCUCUAUGUUCGCGGGCAUGCGUGGCGUGCACGGACAGAUGCUGUCGGGCAGCUCUUCCAUCUCCAGUCUGGGGGGCUUCGGGCUGUCGUCGCCGCUGCCGACGCUGCCGCCCGACCGCAAGGUGUACUCCACUCCGCCGCCGACGCCGCUGCCUGCGCUGCCGUCCCCGGCCUCCAUCGCGCCCACGCCCGCACCCCCGUCCACCUCCACCACGGUACAUUACUAUAACUAAAUUAGAGCGGAAGACUCGCGUGGAAAUAGAUUGUCCAAAGUACUUAUAUUACUUAAAUUAAGUAAAAGUCACAAACAUCAUUACAAUUAUAGCCGGGUUUAACGGCCGAAUGAAAGUUUGUGUUUAAGACGGUUGCCUGUUGAAUAUUAGUUACUUAAAUUAUCCGCAACAUUAUUUUCUUUAGGAAACUUAAAAUUAUGAUUUGUUUGGGGAAAACAUGAUUUGAAACAAUAUUUUUUUAUAAUUUCAAUUGCAUGUUGCCAACCAAGUUAAAUUACUUUAAAUAAACUAGUUAUUCACAUUGCAUUAUAAAAUCCAAUUAGUUGUAAUUAAAAAAUAUUAAAGGAAACAUAAUUAAGGUUUCUAUCUAUACUCGCCUUUCCAAAGAACUUAGGAUUAGCUUUGUUUCUUUUGUAUAAGUUGUAACUUUUAAGUAAAACAAUUUGAUAUGCAAGGUCUACAUUUCUAUUAUGCGUCUUACUAGAAAUAAUUUUCUUGCUCUUUGCAAAAUGCUUAUUUUUCUUUGUUCAAUGACAAUUCUACCCAUUGGAAAUUACCACAAGCCUCGAAUUUUAUUAUAAAUAUAAACUGAGAUUAUCGAAGACUAAUUCAAAAUGUUAAUAUAAUCCACAUGUUUUUGUACUAUGGAACCAUACAAUAAGACCGACAAAUUAAAAAGUUAAGUACUUAAUUCGUUUGUGUUUUUUAUAUACUAAUGAAUCUCAUUACAUGCAGCAUAAUAAUAUUAUUAUGCUUAGUAUUAAUAUUAUUUCCAUUGAUAUUCUCGAUGUGUUGAUAAAUCUACGGCAAAAGAUUCGGUUCAGGAUUAUUUAGAACGGAUUUUCAUUUGAUUGAAAAUCAAUUAACAAAACCGUAUUACCAUUAUUAAGAUAUUAGAUAAGAAAUAAAAUUAGAUCUUAAAUUGUCUCGCCUUCAUUAUAUAAUUAUAUUGACAUAUUUUAAAAAAAUAUUAUAUUAUGAAUAUAUAUUCCUCAUGCCAAAGAUAAAUCCAAAGCAUGAAACAAUAAAAGAGAGCCUCUAAUGGAAUAAGUAACUAGUGUUAGAUUUAUGCCACGAUGGAGGAAAGUGACCAUUAUUGUAUUAUCCUCUUUCACCUAAAUAUUGUUUAAAAACAAUAAAAAUAUUAUGUGUGGUGAAUGUGCGUCCACAUCAUUAUUGCUUUAAAUGUGCACAUUGGUUCAUACGCACCACAAAUCAAAGGCGGUGUAAAUUCUUAGACUUAUGUUUAACCAUGUUUUAUUCUGCUAUACCGCUUAGUUAUAUUUAAGUAGAAUUAGCGGGUACUCUGCUUUGAAAAGAAGCAAAGUUCAAUUUACUCACCUAUUUGGGAAUUGGUUAAUUGUCUGUGGUCACCUUUGUAAGGUAGUCAGUGUUUUUUUUCAAAUGUUUAAAAAAAAUCUAUGUAUUUCACAAGACAUAAGUCAUGAGUUUGUGUUAUUACAUAGAGUCAGUGGGUGGACUAAGUUAGAUAAUCAGUUUUAUUUAUUAUGGGUUCGCAAAUACAUGUUUUUAUUACUAACAUAUACCUAGUCUUGCCAUAAAUAUUGUAAUAAAGAAAAAAGAAAAUUGUUAACUGCAAAUAACAUUUAUUACUUUUACAGUGUGUCAGUUUAAUACAUAAAUA